AUGAAGGAUAAUGGAAAGAAAUACGCAGUCAUUGAUCAUUAGAUCCGAGUUUAAUUGCUUAAACGAAUUCUCUCUAAGGAAGCGACAAUCAAAGAGGCUGCAAAAGAGUUCGGGGUCAAUUUCAGUACAGCAAAGGCCAUCUUGUAAACUUAUAGAAAAGAAGGGAGGAUUGGAAAAAAGAAAACAAGAGACAGAAACAAAAAAAAGAAGGAUGAUUCAGAUUAUCAUUUCAUUAACACAAGAAAAGUGCAAUCGAUGUAUGAUUUGGAAAGAGAAGCCCCUUAACACAGAAGAACAUUUUCGCCUGAUUUGAGGCCUGCUGAUAGGACUAUAAAUUAACAUCCAUUAAUAGUGCAAUAGCAAUUAAAUUAUUUAAACUCUCAAAGUCAGAUUGGUUCCACUCCAAAUUUAGAUGAACCUAAUGCUUAGAUGGCUUUGGCAAUAUGUUAACGGGAGUUGGCCCAGUAAAAAAUGAUCAACAUGCAAUUAUUAAUGAUGCUUCAAACUUAUCAGACACAAGGCCAAUUACUGUAAGUAGAACAAGUCAAAGUUGAAUCAGAUAAACAAAAUUGAAACUUAAUUUAGUAUUUAUUCGUGAAUCAUGUAUUACUCAAA